AUAGGAUGGUGGAAGCGAGGGAAGAAAGAAAGAAAGCCCUUGACAGCUAACGAAGCCCUAGUCAGUCGUUAGGGUAGAAAUUGUUGGGCCAAAUCAUUCUGGAUCAACAAUAAUGAAGAAAAAACUUGUGCCCUUGUGAUUGCCAGUGUCUUCAUAGGCGAAAACACGCUCCUAAAACCGCCUUAUGACCACACACUACCAUUCGUAUUCCCCCUAGCCUUCACGCAAGUCCAGAAUGGAGUCGGAAACCGACGAUACUCGUUCAAAAUUGGAGAACUUCAAAUAUUACACAUCCCUCAUCUUGGGAACAUUAUGCAUCGUCUGCAUUUUCGCCUUCCUUUUCUUGGUUCCUUUUGUCCUCGAUCCAGCCAUAUCCACUCUGAUGCAUGAGUUUGUGGACACACCUGUAACUUGUAAAGUGAGCUCAGUGCAAGUACGCUACGGGAAAAGUCAUUGCAAGUGGAGCUCAUGUCGUGAAGGCUGUACAGCUGAUAUGUAUGUGUGCUAUCAAGUUCGAGUAGCUUAUAGCCUUGAAACGUGGGUCAAAGGCAUGAGGGAAUCAAACGUUAACGAGUGGGUGGAUCUCAUGCGCUAUGACGAGAACGAGAAUGCCACCAUGCAGGAUACCCCGUUGCUCGUGAAUAUCAAAGGCUGCGGAUAUCCACCAGAUAUCGAUUGCGCAGCCUUUGCCAACAAAUAUCAAAACAUUUCCGACCAGGCUAUGACCUUUCCGUGUCAUUAUAGUAAAUUGAAUCCGUGGAUUGUGUUAGAAACUUACAGCUUCGGAGAGUCCAUGGCUAACGUAGUGGCCUCUAUCGCCAUUCCCAAUGGUUUAUUCGUCAUUUCUCUGAUUGUUCUACUGUAUUGGUAUUGCCCCUACUGCCAAGCACGAUGCCGAAAAUAUGAAGAACAAACUGAUCAAGAGGAGAAGGAAUUUGAAAUCGACGAUGAAGAGGAUGAUGAUGCUGAUGAAGUACACUCACAACGAGCAGUCUACUAAGAAAUUCGCGAUCAAGGUCAUUUUUCUCAACACAUUCAAGCUUAUUUUGUGACUUUCAAUUAACAAAUAAAGUUUACUUCGCCUUUGAAAGUAGCGGAUUGGAAA